UGUGCGUGUAUAUGUAUGAGCGUGCGUGCAUGUGAGUGUGUGUGUGGGGAGAAUAUUAUGGGAUGCCUGCCCCCUGAUCUCUUUGUGUGUGCGCGCGCGAGGAAGAGAAAGAGGAGAAGGCGUCGUGCGCACACGCUACCACACACACUCAAAAAAACACACAAAUAUACUUAAAUUGGAUGUUACACCGUUAAGAUAGAAAAGAGGAGCUUACAGAAAUUGAAUCACUGACAAACUGAGCGUGGAGUUCCUGCUUUUGGAGGAUAUUUGGAGUCAAGUUGUGAACUGAACGCUGGAUUCUCUCAAAACAAUAACUUUUAUUUAUAGUUAGCUAAACUGCUAGCUAACUAAAAAGAAAGUUGCCUGCUACCCGCUAUGUCUGGAAGUGAAGAUGACAGAGAUGAUUAUGGAGCUGCCGACGACCGCCUAAUGCACGAUGAAGAGGAAGAGGAGAUCUCAGAGAACGAGUCUCCUAAGGUGAAGAAGAAGAAGAAGAAGGCCAAGAAGAGCAGAGAGAGCAAAGGCAGCAAGAGGCGGUCACGAAGGGAGGAGCUACCCAUCAGCUCACCUGAGCCCAUGGACAUGGGUGGAGUGGAAGAUGUAGAAGACGUUGGCUCCGCCCAGCGCUCCGAGAGCGAGGGCAGCGACUACACUCCAGGACGCAAGAAGAAGAAGAAAGCCAGCAGUGGCAAGGACAAGAAGAGAAGCAGCGGCGUCGAGAGAAGCUCCUCCAAAAGGAAAGAACCUGAGCCGGAGGAAGAUGAUGAUGACGAUGACGACGAUUCUUCGGAACCAAAGUCAUCAUCUCAGCUGCUGGACGACUGGGGYAUGGAGGACAUCGAUCACAUCUUCACCGAGGAAGACUACCGCUCUCUGACCAACUACAAGGCUUUCAGCCAGUUUGUCAGRCCGCUCAUCGCAGCCAAGAACCCCAAGAUUGCCGUAUCAAAGAUGAUGAUGGUUCUGGGUGCAAAGUGGCGUGAGUUCAGCACAAACAACCCCCUGAGAGGUGCAGCUGCUGCCAACGCAGCGCUGGCAACCGCCAACGUCCCAGCUGCCGUCGACAGCAUGGUGGCAGAGGUGGCCCCUGUGGCAGCACCGCCACCUCCACCGGCACCCGUGGAGCCUGCACAGGCCCCCGCCCCGCCUAUCCGCAAGGCCAAAACCAAGGAAGGCAAAGGACCCAACGCUCGCAAGAAAUCCAAACCUGCACCCAAGCCGCAAGAGAAGAAGAAUAACGCCAAAACAAAAAAAGUCGCUCCUUUAAAAAUCAAAUUGGGAGGCUUCAACAGCAAGAGGAAGCGCUCAUCGAGCGAAGAGGAUGAGCCCGACGUCGACAGCGACUUUGAGAACGGCAGCAUCAACAGCGUCUCGGUGUCGGAGAGUUCAAACAGCCGCAGCAGCCGCAGCAAGAAGAAACCCCCCAAGAACAAACCCAAAAAGAAGAAGGAAGCAGAAGAUGGUGACGGAUAUGAGACGGACCACCAGGACUACUGUGAGGUUUGCCAGCAGGGUGGAGAGAUCAUCCUGUGUGAUACCUGCCCCAGGGCGUACCACAUGGUCUGUCUGGACCCUGACAUGGAGAAGGCGCCCGAGGGCACCUGGAGCUGCCCACACUGUGAGAAGGAGGGUAUCCAGUGGGAGGCUCGAGAAGAUGCCUCGGAGGGAGAGGAGGACAACGGCGAGACAGGGGAGAUGGAGGAGGACGACCACCACAUGGAGUUCUGCAGGGUGUGUAAAGACGGAGGAGAGCUCCUCUGCUGCGACUCGUGUCCCUCGUCGUACCACAUCCACUGCCUCAACCCGCCGCUCCCAGAGAUCCCCAACGGAGAGUGGAUCUGCCCCCGCUGCACGUGUCCACCCUUAAAGGGGAAGGUGCAGAAGAUCUUAACAUGGCGAUGGGGAGACCCCCCUCCUCCUACACCUGUGCCCCGGCCUCCGGACCUCCCUGCUGAUGAGCCGGACCCUGCUCCUCUGGCAGGACGGUCUGAGAGGGAGUUCUUUGCCAAAUGGUGCAACAUGUCUUACUGGCAUUGCUCCUGGGUCACAGAGCUGCAGUGUGGACAGGAAGAGCAAUGUCCACUACUUGAUCAAGUGGCGAGAGCUGGCCUACGAUCAGGCCACCUGGGAGUCCGAGGACAUGGACAUACCUGAGUUUGACCUGUACAAACAGCAGUACUGGAACCACAGAGAGCUGAUGAUGGGAGACGACGGCAGGCCAGGGAAGAAGAUCAAGGUGAAGGGAAGGGGGCUGAAGCGACCGGAGAGACCCCCCGAGAACCCGGUGGUGGAUCCGACGAGUAAGUUUGAGCGUCAGCCGGACUACCUGGACAGCACCGGGGGGACGCUACACCCCUACCAGCUGGAGGGUCUGAACUGGCUGCGGUUCUCCUGGGCUCAGGGCACUGACACCAUCCUGGCUGAUGAGAUGGGUUUGGGAAAGACGGUCCAGACCGCGGUCUUCCUCUACUCGCUGUAUAAAGAGGGCCACUCCAAGGGGCCGUUUCUGGUCAGCGCUCCCCUGUCCACCAUCAUUAACUGGGAGCGUGAGUUUGAGAUGUGGGCGCCCGACAUGUACGUGGUGACGUACGUCGGGGACAAAGACAGCCGAGCCAUCGUCAGGGAAAACGAGUUCUCCUUCGAGGACAACGCCAUCCGRGGAGGGAAGAAGGCGUCCAGGAUGAAGAAAGACUCGUCCAUCAAGUUCCACGUUCUGCUGACRUCUUACGAGCUGAUCACCAUCGACAUGGCUGCCCUGGGUUCUAUAGACUGGGCGUGUCUGGUGGUGGACGAGGCCCACAGGCUGAAGAACAACCAGUCCAAGUUUUUCCGUGUGCUGAACAACUACCCUCUGCAGCACAAGCUGCUGCUGACUGGAACUCCUCUGCAGAACAACCUGGAGGAGCUUUUCCACCUKCUUAACUUCCUCACACCUGAGAGGUUCAGCAAACUGGAGGUUUUCCUGGAGGAGUUUGCCGACAUCGCGAAAGAGGACCAGAUCAAGAAGCUGCACGACAUGUUGGGUCCGCACAUGCUCAGGAGGUUGAAGGCCGACGUCUUCAAACACAUGCCCUCCAAGACCGAGCUCAUUGUCCGAGUGGAGCUCAGCCCCAUGCAGAAAAAAUACUACAAAUUCAUCUUGACGAAAAACUUUGACGCCUUGAACACAAAAGGAGGAGGAAACCAGGUUUCGCUGCUGAAUGUUGUCAUGGACCUGAAGAAGUGCUGCAACCACCCCUACCUCUUCCCUGGAGCUGCGAUGGAAGCUCCCAAGAUGCCCAACGGCAUGUACGAUGGGAACGCUCUUACGAAGGCUUCUGGRAAACUGCUGUUGCUGCAGAAGAUGAUGAGGAAGCUGAAGGAGGGAGGACACCGAGUGCUGAUUUUCUCUCAGAUGACCAAAAUGUUGGAUCUGCUGGAGGACUUCCUUGAGAACGAAGGGUACAAAUAUGAGAGGAUCGACGGAGGAAUCACAGGAGGGAUGAGACAAGAAGCUAUCGACCGUUUUAACGCACCGGGUGCUCAACAGUUCGCCUUCCUGCUGUCGACGAGAGCCGGAGGUUUGGGCAUCAAUCUGGCCACAGCCGACACCGUCAUCAUUUACGACUCUGACUGGAAUCCUCACAACGACAUCCAGGCCUUCAGCAGAGCUCAUCGUAUCGGUCAAAACAGAAAAGUGAUGAUUUAUCGAUUCGUCACUAAAGCCUCAGUGGAGGAGAGGAUUACUCAGGUUGCCAAAAAGAAGAUGAUGCUGACUCACCUGGUGGUCCGACCUGGUCUCGGAUCCAAGACCGGCUCCAUGUCCAAACAGGAGCUGGACGACAUCCUCAAGUUUGGAACCGAAGCGCUCUUCAAGGACGAGGGAGAAGGUGAGAACAAAGAGGAGGACAGCAGCAUCAUUCACUACGACGACAAAGCCAUCGACCGGCUGCUGGACAGGAACCAGGACGCCACAGACGACACGGAUCUGCAGAGCAUGAACGAGUACCUGAGCUCCUUCAAAGUGGCCCAGUAUGUGGUGAAAGACGAGGAGGAGGAGGAGGAAGAGGUGCAGCGGGAGAUCAUCAAGCAGGAAGAGAGCGUYGAUCCCGAUUACUGGGAGAAGCUGCUGCGGCAUCAUUACGAGCAGCAGCAGGAGGAUCUGGCUCGAAACCUGGGCAAAGGGAAACGAAUCCGCAAGCAGGUCAACUACAAUGAUGGUUCACAGGAAGACAGAGCUGAUUGGCAGGAUGACCAAUCCGACGGCCAAUCAGAUUACUCCGUGGCUUCUGAGGAGGCUGACGAGGACUUUGAUGAAAGAUCAGAAGCCAACUCUCGCAGGCCGAACAGGAAGGGCCUGAGGAAUGACAAAGACAAACCACUGCCCCCCCUGCUGGCCAGGGUGGGAGGCAACAUUGAGGUGUUGGGUUUCAACUCCCGGCAGAGGAAGGCCUUCCUGAAUGCAGUGAUGCGUUACGGGAUGCCUCCUCAGGACGCCUUCACCACCCAGUGGCUGGUCCGGGACCUGCGAGGGAAGUCCGAGAAAGAGUUCAAGGCCUACGUCUCUUUGUUUAUGCGUCACCUGUGUGAACCUGGAGCCGACGGGGCGGAAACCUUCGCAGACGGCGUCCCCAGAGAGGGGUUAUCACGGCAACACGUCCUCACACGCAUCGGCGUCAUGUCUCUUAUACGUAAAAAGGUCCAGGAGUUCGAACACGUGAACGGUCAGUGGUCGAUGCCCUGGAUGGCCGACCUGGAGGAGAGCAAGAGGAACGCAGCUCAGCCCGACUCGCCCGGGAAAACCCCGUCCACCGGGACCCCCGCCGACACGCAGCCCAACACCCCCGCCCCAGCCGACGACUCCACAAAGAACGACGAGGCGUCGAAGGAUGGAGAGAAGGAGGUGAAGAAGGAGGCGGAGGCGGAGAAGAACGGCAAAGUGCCCGUCAAAUCCAACAAUGAGGUCAUCGCCAUCCCGGACGACGAUAACAGUCCGUCCACCAAGCAGGACAAGACAAACGGGGRGGAGCCGAUGGAGACGGACAAACCGAGCAACGGGGAGGCGGAGAGCGUGAAGGAGAAGGACGGCGAGAAGGAGGUAGAGAACGAGAAGACUUCAGAGGACGGAGAGGAAAACAAGUCGACGUCAGAGACAAAGAUGGAGGGGUCAGAGGUCAAACCGGAGGACUCUGAGGUCAAAGCAGAAGAAAAGAAGGAAGAGAAAACAGAAAAGAUGGACACAACUCCUCCUGCAGAUGAAAAGAAAGACUUGAAGGAGGAGAAAGAUGCUCAGAAGCCAGAGGAGGCCACCAAGCUGCAGAACGGCGACAGCAGCAAGGAGGGCGCAGCGGCGGCCGCCACGGCGAGCAGCAUCAGCGAGGAGAAGAAGAAGGCCAAAACUCGCUUCAUGUUCAACAUCGCAGACGGAGGAUUCACAGGUUCAAACGCACGCUCUCUGACACACAAACUGAAUGUUUUAGUUGUGUUGAGAUCACUGACGUCGGCUGGUUUCUCCUCAGAGCUGCACUCGUUGUGGCAGAACGAGGAGCGAGCUGCGACGGUUACGAAGAAAACCAACGAGAUCUGGCACCGCCGGCACGACUACUGGCUGUUGGCCGGCAUCAUACAACACGGUUACGCUCGCUGGCAGGACAUCCAGAACGACAUGAGGUUCGCCAUCCUCAACGAGCCUUUCAAGGGAGAGAUGAACCGGGGCAACUUCCUGGAAAUCAAGAACAAGUUCCUGGCCAGAAGAUUCAAGUUGUUGGAGCAAGCGCUGGUGAUCGAGGAGCAGCUGCGCCGCGCCGCCUACCUCAACAUGUCGGAGGACCCCUCCCACCCCUCCAUGGCCCUGAACACCCGCUUCAGCGAGGUGGAGUGUCUGGCCGAGUCCCACCAGCACCUCAGCAAGGAGUCCAUGUCCGGGAACAAACCGGCCAACGCCGUCCUGCACAAAGUGCUGAAGCAGCUGGAGGAGCUGCUGAGUGACAUGAAGGCAGACGUGACCCGGCUUCCCGCCACCAUCGCUCGGAUACCACCGGUUGCAGUGCGACUCCAGAUGUCUGAGAGGAACAUCCUGAGCCGCCUGGCGAGCCGAGGGACGGACACUCCGGCACAAACACAGCAGAUGUCGCAGCAGUAGACUGAAAAUCGUCUCUAACUUCAGAAACCACCCCCUGCCUCACGUCAACAUUCCUGAUUGGUGCACAGCAGAAUGACGGACAGCUCGUCCGAAGCUUGAAGCCACGCCCUGUCCACCUUUCACCUCACAGACUUGACAGAAAAAAAACAAAAUAAAAAUUUCAGGAGGAUGAAAAACGCCUCCAACCUCCCCCAACAAAACGAGGCCGUGGACAGAACAGCUUUUUUAUUAUUUUCUCCCAUUUUUUUCAAUUUCUGUAUUAAUAUUAUUGAUAUAAUGUUAUUAUGUUUUUUUGGGACCUAAAUAAAAAAAUUAAAAACA